AUGUGUUCCUCCAAAUCAAAGAACAUGACCCAAGAAACCAUUUCCCAAAUCAAUGGCCGUCCUGUUCUUCAGCCAAAAUCAAACCAAGUUCCAACAUUAGACCGACGUAACUCACUCAAGAAAUCUCCUCCUAAUAAGGCUUUGAUCCAUCCCAUUUCAUCAAAGAUACCUUCACCAAGAUCAAUUUCUCUAAACUCUCCUCCUUUGUCUCCCAACUCAAAACCCUUAAGAAAACCUGCCGGUUCUUGCAAGGAACUACUUAGCACUAGCUAUGAGAAGCCUAAACCGGUCAAAUUAUUAGAGAACAGUGAUGGUGGCUACAAAGAGGUUAUGUCCAUGGUGGUUGUUCAGAAACUGCCUGGAAGUAUAGCGGCUGCAAGAAGAGAAGAGGUUGCGAUGAAACAAGAAGAGAGAAAAAAGAAAAUCUCUCAUUACGGUAGAAUCAAAUCCGUAAAAUCGAACGAAAAGAGCUUCAAUGUUGAGCAAGAGAAGAAGAAGAGGUGCAGUUUCAUCACUACAAGUUCAGAUCCAAUAUAUGUUGCUUACCAUGACAAUGAAUGGGGAGUUCCUGUUCAUGAUGACAAGUUACUGUUUGAGCUUUUGGUGCUAACCGGAGCUCAGGUUGGAUCCGAUUGGACUUCUGUUUUAAAGAGAAGAAACAGUUUUAGAGAGGCUUUCUCUGGUUUCGAAGCAGAGUUGGUCGCAGACUUCAACGAGAAGAAGAUACAGUCAAUAGUCAACGACUAUGGCAUUGACCUUAGCCAAGUCCUUGCAAUUGUUGACAACUCUAAACAAAUUCUCAAGGUGAAAAGAGAUUUUGGUUCGUUCAACAAAUACAUUUGGGGGUUUAUAAAAAACAAACCGGUCACAACAAAAUACACAUCUUGCCAAAAGAUUCCGGUUAAGACAUCAAAAUCAGAAACCAUAAGCAAAGACAUGAUUCGUCGUGGGUUUAGAUUCGUUGGUCCGACCGUUAUACAUUCGUUAAUGCAAGCCGCCGGUUUAACCAACGACCACUUGAUCACUUGUCCGAGACAUCUCGAGUGUACGGCCAUGGCGGCUCUAUAG